UAAGGCGCCAUGAAGUGCAUGCCUGUGUGGCCGCUGGUGCCGCUGCUGCUCGUCGUUCUUGGUGAAAACUCUGAUGCCGACAGCGAGGAAAACUGUUUCCAGUUGAUACCAUCCACAGCUGCUGUGAACCAUCGCAGAAUCAGCCAAUGCCUCAGACUAGAACAGCGAGUGACAUUGGGGCCUGGGAUAUUUCUGCUUCCACAUGGUCUCAAGAUGCCUCCGAACAGCACACUGCAAGGCGCUCUUGCAGUAGGAUCACAAAAAACUUCAUUGAAUGCAUCCCUAGCAUCGCGAUUGCUCCUGGCGGUUCCAACAGCGAUUACGCACUCUCUUCUUGAAGUCUCUUCGGAUUCUUUGGUCAGUUCAGUCAUAUUGGAUGCGGGGGGAAAGCAACGAGAUGCUACUUGCUGCACAAGUGUGAUUAGUUUCAUCGGCAACAACUCCGUGAUCAGUGACGUCGAAGCGCUUGGCAGUCCCGCAGGCAUAGGUGUCCUAUUUGAAAGUCCAACUUCGCGCGAUAAUUUGGUGUUUAAAAUGCACGUGCACCACUGCUACUAUGGCAUUGUCUUUGUUGAUGGGUUGCGUUCUCAAGUCAACACAGUUGAGCAGAGCACAAUCGACGACAUCCAUUGCGAUGCGAUUUCCUUUGCUGGGUUUGGUCAAGUGCGGCGAAGUGUGAUUCGCAAUAGCGGCUUUGCAUGUGGUCCGCCUGCGUUUGGUGCCGGCGCUGGUUUUUUCUGCAAAGGAAAUAGGUAUGGAGCCCAAAUCGAAGACUCCAUCGUUUCCAACACCUGCGGCAUGUCACUUGAUGUAGAUUCGUGUUCACACCUGGAGGUGCGGAACAACAGCUUCAGCAAUACUGGCUACGAUUGGGAUCGCAACUUGACACAUUGCUGGGGGAUGCCAACCGCGAUUUUGCUGGACUCGCAGAUGUGCUCCAUCAACUACAACAGCAUGGAGAAUUCGCGUCCCUCCAACCGGAUCCGCUGGUCCGGUGACCCCCACCAAGUCUAUGGCCAGGUGGCAGCCCCACUGUUCUCGGACCUGCUGGAAGACAAUGAUACGAUUUUGAAUUUUGCUUUGCUACAUAGGCCCAAUGCUAUGGCCUUGCCUUCCAUUCAGAAUGAUGUUUCGAAUAACUCGUUCUUUUCUCGCUGCGAUGAAAACAAUUGCACCGGCCUGGCUUACUUUGCAGGCCGAGGCACUGGGCUGGAGAGCCAGAGACCACCUGGCCACCACUGGGGCGAAAGAUUGCCCAAACAGCCUUCCGAAUUCAACGGCAACGUCGUGAGUGAUAGUGAUGUUGGAUCUGUCCGAUGUGGUGAGAACUGGUAUGCUGCUGCCCAGCCAGUUUGUCCCGAAGAAUCCGACUGGCCCUGCAAUUUGGACGACUAUUUGCAUCCGGACCAAAAUUUCCGCAACGAUGAUUGUAGGGAUUACAUCUCUCCAACUCACCAGCGAUUUCCACCAGGCAAUGGAGAACUUCGAAAUCCUUUGCCACUGGCACCGCGGGAAGAUGUUUCCAUGUACCGAAGGCUCCGGGAUUUUGCGGCGUGGACACCCACUUCUGUGUCAAGUCCUUCGACAUCUGCACCUUUCGAACCUCUGUCUGCCUAAAGGCACCAAAA